UUUCUUUCUCAGUUGCCUAAUCAUUAUAAGAUUACAAUACAUUCUACUAUUAGUGCUUAAAAUCAUUAACUGUAAAGCUUAUAAACAAUGGAAAUGAAAUAGUACAAAUCACAAACUCACAAUGACCUCCAUCUAACUAAUAUAGCCAGUUUUAGCAAACUUUUUAAAUUUUAUUUUAUUUAUUUUUUAGCGGUACGUGGGCCUCCCAUUGCCGCGGCCCCUCCCGUCGUGGAGCACAGGCUUCGGACACGCAAGCUCAGCGGCCAUGGCUCACGGGCCCAGCCUCUCUGCGGCAUGGGGGAUCCUCCCGGACCGGGGCACGAACCCAUGUCCCCCGCAUCGGCAGGCGGACUCCCAACCACUGCACCACCAGGGAAGCCCUUAGCAAACUUUCUAAGAAAUGUUUGCUUUCUUUCUUCCUCGCUCCUCUAGAGAGAGAAUAAACAAGUAGGCCCACCAUUGUCCCAUCCCAGCAGAGGUCCCCAAGGUGGGGUGUGUUUGUAUGUGUAAGCAACCCAAUAAAACCCAGCAGCAUGGAUGCAGCAAAAGAAGAGAGAACUAUUUCCUCAAGUCUUUUUGAUUCUCUGAGGGAAAAGCAACAGGGGAGGGAAGAGAGGAGAUGACAGGUUGACAUGGCUGGUUUUACAUGCCUUGUGUGUGUACCCUGCUCUUGCAAUCCUUACCCAGCUGUCCUCACAAACUCAGCUGUGUCACCGAAGCAAACAACAAACCAAAUGUCGACACCAUUCAUUAUGUGUCUAAAGGCAGGACAAAAAAUUCUUAAAAUGCAAAGUUUUUGACUCCAUUCUCUGAAGUUUGGUAUAUAGAUACCCUAUUACUCCGAUGUCUUUUUACAAAUAAAACUUGAAUUUGAUUAUUUCACUGGAAUAUUCCAUCUAGUUCUUAAAGACAGUCAAGAUUUUAUUUCUAUCAAGUUUUCUCCAUAUGUUAUUGGGGUAGUGAUUUAUAAUUCUGGUUUUGAAAUAUCUUCUAAUAUCUCUGGUUAUCUCAGAAGAUGCCAAAAAGUUUUCGAAAAGUCCUCCAAGAAAAAUGUUGAAACAUCUCUAGAGGGCUGUUAAAAUAAUUCCUCUAUUUUUCUCCUUCCAGAAUCGCACCAUGCCAAACUACAAACUCACUUAUUUUAAUAUGAGGGGGAGAGCAGAAAUUAUUCGUUAUAUAUUUGCAUAUUUGGACAUAAAGUAUGAAGACCACAGAAUAGAACAAUCUCAUUGGCCUGAAAUCAAGUCAACUCUUCCAUUUGGCAAAAUUCCCAUUUUGGAAGUUGAUGGAUUGAACCUUCACCAGAGCCUAGCAAUAGCAAGAUAUCUGACCAAAAAUACAGAUUUGGCUGGAAAAACAGAAUUGCAACAAUGUCAAGUUGAUGCAGUCGUGGACACAUUGGAUGAUUUCAUGUCUCGUUUUCCUUGGGCAGAGAGAAAACAAGAUAUAAAAGAUCAGAUGUUUAAGGAGCUACUCACAUGUGAUGCAUCUCAUCUUCUGCAAGAUUUAGACACAUACUUAGGGGAAAAAGAGUGGUUUAUUGGUAACUCUGUAACUUGGGCAGAUUUCUACUGGGAAAUUUGCAGUACCACACUUUUGGUCUUUAAACCUGAUUUGUUGGACAACCAUCCCAGGCUGGUGACAUUACGUAAGAAGGUCCAAAGCAUUCCUGCCAUAGCCAACUGGAUAAUGAGAAGGCCCCAAACCAAACUCUAGGUGAUGCCUGCUGCCUCCAAACUUCGUUAUUCUUCACAGCAUCACUCUCAUCAGAUACGAAGCUCCAUCAGCGUGCUGCAUAACCUGCACACUCCCCUCCCCAGCUCCAUCAAGACUUUCACUUCUGCCAUAUUCUGCUUAUCAAAAAAAAAGGAAAAAAGGGGCUGGGGGAGAAAAGGGUUUUGUUUCCAGUAUCCUUUUUAUUCAGAAUAGCUUCACAUUAUUUAUAACUGAAGAAAAAUAGUUUCAAAUACAGGCAGGCUUCGCUUUGCACUAGUUCUGACAUGCAUGAAUUUCAGUCACAAUGGUUUAGUUACAUAACACAUUUUCCAAAAAAAACCCUGAAAAGCUUUGGACUUCAGUUUCCACGCUAUAUUAACUGAGUAACUGCAUAAAGUAUAAACUUUGCUGCUAGCUCUUCAGUCCACAAAUCACUAUGUAAAUAACAGAUAGAUAUAUGAGCAAUCAUGCCACUUCUUUCAAAAUCUGUUAGUGAUUGAUCACUGCGCAUCUGUCAUGCGUGCACAGAAAGCAAAGUGUUGUUUCUCAGUGAUAAAUCCACUUGACAUUUUACAAAAAUGGAUAAUUGAAAAAGGGAACUCACCAACAAAGAUUAAAGUGCAAUAAAGAAAUGAAAAGUGAAAAUGGUGGAAAUUCAAAUUGAACAUAAAUGGAAAGAGCUGGCUGCGAGAAUGUUGAUGCUGUUGCAGUUCAAGAGGCUCUAGAUAUGCAGCCAGAAGAACUUGGUGAAGGCAAACUUAUUGACAUAAAUGAGGAAACUGGUUGUGACAAAGGAGAUGAAGAUAUCCCAGAGGAGGUGAGACUAGCAAAAAACCCCUCACGUUAUAAGAAUUGAGAUCAAAAGAAUGAGAAGACAAUGUAAAGCAACUAUAGCCCAGUAAAAAUGAAUAAAAAAACUAAAAAUUGUGAAUCGCUAUACUGUACACCUGUAACAUAUAUGAUAUUGUACAUCAACUAUACUUCAAUACAAAAAAAAAAAAAGAGAAGACAAGCCACAGAC